AUGCUACUGAGUCCAGUGGUGCCACCAGCGGAGACUGAGCUGAGGAUAAAGGAAAUCAUGAAGAAACUGGACCAGCUGAUCCCUCCCAGACCUUUCCUCCACAUGAACACCACCAGCAGCGCAGCACACAGCAGAGUCACCUUGCUCAGCCCUCGAGACACCUACUGCAAAGGGGAGCAGCUAGACCUCCUGCUGGAGGUGAGGGACCACCUGGGACACAGGAAGGAGUAUGGUGGGGAUUUCCUGAGGGCCAGGAUGUCUUUGGCCCUGAAGAUGGGGGCUUCAGGAAAAGUAACUGACUUCCACAAUGACACCUACCUUGUCCACUUCACUCUGUUCUGGGAGGGCCAGGUGUCUCUGUCCCCACUGCUCAUCCACCCCAGUGAAGCUGUGUCAGCUCUUGGAGGCAAGGAGCCAAGGGUACAAGAGGGUGGUUUUACUGGACUGUUCGUCAAUGGUACUUCCACAUCCCACCUCCUUUCUGAAUGUGGCCUGACCUUAAACAGUGAAGAACUGUGCCAGUAUCUGGACACUUGAGACCAAGAAGCCUUCUACUCUGUGUGGCCGUGGCAUGUUUCCUGUGAUGCUCUGACCUACGUGACCACCAGGAAUACAAAUAUUUCCUAUCUGAGCAAGGACGAAUAGGGUCUUUUCCAAAGGUCCAAUAUGGGAGUUGAAAUGAUGGAGAACUUUAUACCUAUCAAGAUCUUACAAUGUAACAGUAAAUCUUAUCUGCUGUUUGGUUAUAGUUUUCAAGGAAAGUGGAUUACCACGUUUUGCAAACAGGCUGAGUUAGAUGCAACAAAAAAUAGCAAUAACUGUUUGAAGAGGAAAUUUAUUUAUCUCAUGGGAGACUCAACACUGUGGCAGUGGAUUUACUACUUCCACAAAGUGGUGACAGUAUGUAUUUUAUUUCUCAGAAGCCGUUUUCCCAGGCUCUUGCAAAUCCAUGUGCUUCUGGAUACUGAAAGGCACAUUUUGAUUCAGUGGAAAAAACAUAGUCAUCCAUUUGUUACUGAAAAACUGUUCUCAGUGAAAUUUGAAAACUACAUCCCACAAGAAAUUGACUGGAUAGGAGGAGACAAGGACACUGCCAGUGCCAUUACCCUUGGCCAGCACUUCAGACCUUUUCCCAUCAACAUUUUCAUCCGUCGGGCCAUCAACAUUCAAAAGGCCAUUGAAUGUCUAUUGCUGUGAAGCCCAGAGACCAAAGCUAUCUUUAAAAUGGAAAGCACCAGGGAGCUGGAUCUAAAUGCAGAGAUGUUUAGUGACUUUCAUGGUACAUUCAGAAUCUUAUAAUGCAUGAUAUUUUUUGUGGGUCUCAAAGUUGGAGUUAUUGAUGCCUGGGAAAUGACUAUUGCAUAUCACAUUGAUAGUGUCCACCCUCCUGAUGAUGUGAUUGGAAAUAAAAUUAACAUGUUAUUAAAAGACAUUUGCUAG